CCCACCCCUCCUCUUCGACAUACAGAGCAGGAAGGGACGCAGUCGUUUGCAUGGGCACUGGAGACCUUCUCUUGUGGGGACUGCGACAGCCACUUCUCUUCCCGAUAAUUCCUGAAGAGACCCCGGACGCAGGCCCAUGUGGAGCACAGGCAUCGGUGCAGCCUGUGCCCCUUCUCGGGCAACGACAAAGACCGAGUGCUCAAGCACGAGAGAAUCCACAAGGGGGCGCGGCCCUUCGCCUGCGGCACCUGCGGCAAGACCUUCAUGCGGCACUAUGACCUGGCAGAGCACCGGAGGUUGCACACGGGAGAGCGGCUGCACGUGUGCUCCGAGUGCAGCAUGAGUUUUACCAAGAGAGGCGACCUGGUCCGGCACGCCCGCACGCACACCGGUGACAAGCCGUACUCCUGCCACCUAUGCGAGUACCGGACCGGCGACUCUGGGAGUGUGAAGAAACAUGUGAUCCAGGUGCACACGAAGGAGUUCCCCCACACGUGCGAGCACUGCGGGAAAGGGUUUGUGGCCCCGUUUGAGCUGAGGGCCCACUUGGCCAAGAAGCACCACCAAGUAAACGAGGAGUACUAGCGAGCGCGAGGAACAACCCUGUGCAUG